GGUCCAAUGCAAAUUCUUUGCUCACGGGGCAUGUCUAAAAGGGGAGCACUGUGAGUUCGCCCACGAUCGGAAGGCUCCACCUAACAAUAUAUGUACCUUCUAUCAAAAAGGAGCUUGUGCUUAUGGCAGCCGGUGCAGAUACGAGCACGUCAAAGCUUCUAGGCCUUCAUCAGAUGCUCAAGAUAGCAGUCCUGGUUGUUCAUCUUUCGCGGGACCAUUUUACUCACCCACCACUCCUGCAUGGAAGGCCCAACCUGAGAUUGGAAAUGCUCUCGAUGGUGGUGAUCACGAUCUUGAUUACUCCAGCACCCUUGAUCCAUCGGAUCAGCCUAUGUGUUCUUUUGCUGCUGCUGGAGACUGCCCGCGUGGCGAAAAAUGCCCCCAUAUUCAUGGGGACUUGUGCCCGAAUUGCGGGAGGCGGUGCCUGCACCCCUCCAGGCUGCACGAAAGGGAAGAGCACCUGAAAACGUGUGAGAAAAGGCAAAAGCAUCUGGAGGCCCUAACACGAAGUCAAGGAAUAGAGUGUAGCGUGUGUCUCGAGCUCGUCCUGUCGAAACCCACCCCAGCAGAAAGGAAAUUCGGGAUUCUAUCAGAGUGUGAUCACCCUUUCUGUGUUUCGUGCAUAAGGAGCUGGCGAGGUAAUUCGCCGGCGUCUGGCUUGGACAUUAAUUCUGCAUUAAGAGCUUGCCCUAUCUGCCGGAAGCUUUCGUACUUUGUAAUUCCCAGCGUGAUUUGGUACUUCUCGGAGGAGGAAAAGAGCGGUAUUGUCGAGAGCUACAAGGCAAAGCUGAAGUCUAUUGAUUGCAAGCACUUUGAUUUUGGGAGUGGAUCCUGCCCGUUCGGGACCAGUUGUUUUUACAAGCAUGCAUAUCGUGAUGGUCGCCUUGAGGAAGUGGUUCUUCGCCAUCUUGGGGCUGAGGAUGGAAUUACGGUGAUAGCUAAAGAUAUAAGGCUCUCCGACUUUCUAAGUAAUUUGCAGAUAAGAGCCAUGAGAGAUAGCACCACCGUAGAAGCCACCACGGCGACGGAAACUGGCAGUACGGAAGCAGCGCCGGCGUCGGGAUACGGCGUGGGUGCCGGUGCCGGGAAUUCACUCUGA